AGACGGCAUUGUGUCACAAAGAAAGAAACAGAGGAAACCGAAAUGUUCCGACAAAGUUCGAUCUGAGUGUGAUCUUAUGUCUUGGGUCUGACUAUGUUUGAUUUUGAUGGUGAAGAAGAGUGUUGUAUGAUUGGUAGGACUAAGAGUAGUACAAGUAGUGGAAAACAUGAAUAGCAGUGGUGGAGGGAUGAUGAUGGGUUUCAGUAAUAGUUAUAGCAGGUCACCUUUCACAGUGUCUCAGUGGCAGGAACUGGAGCACCAAGCUUUGAUCUUCAAGUACAUGGUUGCGGGUCUUCCUGUGCCUCCUGAUCUUGUGCUUCCCAUUCAGAAGAGCUUCGACUCUAUUUCACCGGGAUUUUUUCACCAUCCCACUUUGAGUUAUUGUUCCUUUUAUGGGAAGAAGGUGGACCCAGAGCCAGGACGAUGCAGGAGGACUGAUGGGAAAAAGUGGAGGUGCUCCAAGGAAGCCUACCCAGACUCCAAGUACUGCGAGCGCCACAUGCACCGUGGCCGCAACCGUUCAAGAAAGCCUGUGGAAUCACAAACUAUGACACAGUCAUCUUCAACUGUGACAUCACUGACUGUCACUGGUGCCAGCAGUGGAACGGGAAGCUUCCAGAAUCUUCCCACAAAUGCCUUUGGUAAUCUCCAGGGUACUGAUUCUGGAACUGACCAUUCCAAUUAUCACCUAGAUUCCAUUCCCUAUGGGAUUCCAAAUAAAGAAUACAGGUAUCUUCAAGGACUUAAAUCUGAGGGUGGUGAACAUAGCAUCUUUUCUGAAGCUUCAGGAAGCAACAAGGUUCUCCAAAUGGAGUCACAGCUGGAAAGCACAUGGCCCUUGAUGUCAACAAGUAUUGCCUCUUUCUCUACAUCAAAAUCAAGUAGUAAUUCCAUGUUGCAGAGUGAUUAUCCCCAGCAUUCAUUUUUAUCCAGUGAAUAUGGGUCAGGAGAACAUGUGAAGCAGGAGGGCCAGUCUCUUCGACCUUUCUUUAACGAAUGGCCUAAUAGCAGAGAGUCAUGGUCUGGUCUGGAAGAUGAGAGAUCCAACCAAACAGCCUUCUCCACAACUCAACUCUCGAUAUCCAUUCCUAUGUCAUCUUCUGACUUCUCUGCAACAAACUCUCAAUCUCCACAUGAUAACUAAGAGCAGUCCUUCAGGAUUUUCAGUGGAAUUUUAUGGAGGACCAAACAAGUCUAGCAGGAUAUUUGUGGUGGAAUGUUUGUGUAUUUUCAUUCAAGCUGAGCUGUGUACAACUUUACAGAACAAUCUACU